AUGGCGCGAUUACAACAGUAUUCUAACUAUUAUGCAGCGUAUAUCAACCAAUGGCAGCAAUAUCAGUUCUUCAUGAUGGGGCAAAUGGGAUACAGUCCAUCUAUGUUCGCAGCAUCUGCAGCUCAGCAAAUACCAGCUGCUUCUAUCCAAGCAGGUACUGCUGGGAACGGGCAACAGGCGCCUGUUAAUAUCGUGCCUAAUCAGCCUAAUGGAAAUGUGGGAGCUGCGGAGCAAAUGCCAGCUGAAGCUAAUAUUGCUCAAGCGGUUCCAGGAGGAGAACGGGGAGAUGCUUUGGAUAUCAUGUACAAGGUUUUUAGGGUAGUCCUGCUUCUUUCGGCAGUCAUGCUUUAUUCGUCACUGGAACGCUUUCUUGUUGUCGUUACGAUCGCCUUGUUCAUGUUCUUCAUUCAGCUGAGAAGGAAUUAUAAUAGACAGGCACGAAUGGCUGCACCUCCCCAGCCUAAUGUAAAUAAUAACAAUGCUGGGGAACAAAAUCAAGAUGGCACAGAACAGGCCCCUGCACAACCUGCCGAAACGCCGUCAAAUAUUCAAGUGUUCUUCGCAACAUGCUAUUCGUUUAUCACAUCAUUCUUCACUUCCCUGAUUCCUGAUCAUCCUGUACCGGUGGAUUUGAAUUAG